AGCCGCACACAUCCGGGCAUUGCGGCGUCAUCGGGUCACCCCGAGAAGCUGGCGAGCGAGGAAGAGACAGGGAGCCGGAGCCGUUUGGGGAAGGGGACUCGAGUAGCAGGAGAAAGACGCUUCUUCUAGCGGCAGCUCUCUGAGGAAGAAAAGAAUAUAAAGAGACGGCUGGAAAAAAUAAUAAUAAUUAAAACAACCCUGUCCUAAAUUAAUGCCAAGGGAAUCCUGGGUGAAAGAGAAUCGGGAUUUCUUAUGUUAAGGUGGACGAAUAAGCGGCGGUGUCAGUUUGCGCUGUCACACUGGAAACGGAGGUGAAAUUAUAACUGCAAAAAAGGGUCUGGCCUUCUUCCUAUUCUGAGCCACUUUUCUCUCCCUGGACACUGUGUUUCUGGUAUAUCGGCAUUCUUCCGUUGAACACUGUUAAAGUGUGGUGACAGUCUCUGGGAACAGUUUGUUUUUAUCCACUGCUGGAUUUUAAGGAAGCAUAAUCAGACAGAAGGUGAGGAAAUGGGGACACCUGGCUCUGGAAGGAAACGUGCUCCUAUCAAAGACAGAUUCUCUGCUGAAGAUGAGGCCUUGAGUAGUAUUGCCAGGGAGGCUGAGGCACGGCUCGCUGCGAAGCGGGCAGCACGAGCUGAAGCAAGAGACAUCCGAAUGAGAGAACUGGAGCGGCAGCAGAAAGAGCAUUCUCGCCAUUCUUCAGAUAGAAAAUGGGGACAAAUCCAUCAGUGGAUGGAAGACACAGAAAAAGCUAAAUAUGGUCACAGAUCAAGUGGACAUCAUCACCGGGGACUCAACGAUGAUGUGAUGUCAGUCCGUAGUGUUGGCAGUUACAGGCCGUCUUCUUCCUUGUCCUCCUCUCUCCGAGAUGUUGGGGUCUCUCACAGGAGCCGAGCGAGCACCUCCCGGAGAAGAGACCUCGUGGUGUGUGGGACUGACAACAUUAAGGACAAGUCAUCCAUAAAAAGCCCACGAUCAUCUAGCUCUGCAUACAGUGAUUCUCAUGGACAUAAGAAGACGCCUGUAUCUAGCAGCUCCAGGAAGGAUAUGUUGGCUGGAUUUUACCAUGACCAAAGAAACUACAGCAGCCUAAAGCACGCCAAACCACUCUCAUCCUACCAUACUCGGUCUUCCUCUCUAUACACCGACCCACUUGCAACAUCCAGGAGCUACAGGGCCUCCUCAAGCACAGACACCGGUCUGACACGCAGCUACAGUCUGGCCUCUUUAUAUGAUGAGGGUCUCUAUGGGUCAUACAGUUCAAGAACUCCCUCAGAAUACAGCUGGUACUCUUCAAGAGCAAGCUCAAUUCGUAGCAGCCCUGUGUCUUCUGAUGAUGAUACAGCCAGCACUGUCUCUCAGGAUCACAGCAGUCGUGGGCGACGAGAUAGUGUGUCCUCCGACUUCUCUGAUAUCAGUGAGUCAGCUGCGGAUUAUUUUAGCCGCUCGAACCGCAGGGGCAGCAUCGUGUCUGACAUGGAUGAUCUUAGCAUCCCAGACGUGGACAGCCUGGAUGAAAAAUGUGACAAGCAGUUCAGUGAAACAUUUUCACGACCAUCUUCUCGCAAUGCUGUACCUGGGCUGUCUGUUGCCACCCUGGCUUCUCUGGGGGGGACCUCAUCACGGAGAGGAAGUGGGGACACAAGCAGCAUAAUAGAUCCAGACUCUUCACUGGGUGAAUUGAGGGAUAUCUAUGAUCUUAAGGACCAGAUACAAGAUGUAGAAGGCAGAUACAUGCAGGGACUAAAAGAGCUCAAGGAAUCAUUGUCAGAAGUGGAAGAAAAGUACAAGAAAGCUAUGGUCUCCAACGCACAGCUGGACAACGAUAAAGCCAACCUCAUCUACCAGGUGGACACGCUCAAAGAUGUGAUUGAGGAAAUGGAGGAACAGAUGGCAGAAAUGCAUCGAGGAACAGAAGAGAAAACUAAGGAACUAGAAAGGCAAAAGCACACAUGUGGUGUCUUGCAGCACAAACUAGAGGAACUGAAAGAGGGUAUCCGCCAAAGAGAUGAACUAAUUGAGGAGAACCAGCGAAAGCAGGAAAAGUUAGAUUCCCUCACCAGGGAAGCGUUUGAUCUGCAGGAAACAAUUAACUGGAAGGACAAAAAGAUUGGGGCUCUAGAGAGGCAGAAAGAGUACUUUGACUGCAUUAGGAAUGAGAGAGAUGAGCUCAGAGAUGAGCUGGCUGACCUCAAAGGAAAAGUGAAGACAGGAGAGAAACAUGGACUCGUGAUAAUCCCAGAAGGUACCCCAAAUGGAGACAUUAACCAUGAACCUGUAGUUGGUGCAAUAACUGUGGUGACACAGGAGGCUGCUCAGGUGCUUGAAUCUGCUGGAGACGGGCCACUAGAUGUGAGGCUAAGGAAGCUUGCUGAAGAAAAGGAUGAACUCUUAGCCCAGAUACGGAAACUGAAAACACAGCUGGAGGAGGAGAGGCAGAAGAACUCAAAAAUGGAGAGUGUGUAUACAGAUGGGGAGCGAAUGGAGAAUGGCACAGACCUGCAGUUUAUUGAGAUGCAGAGAGAUGCCAACCGACAGAUAAGUGAAUACAAAUUCAAACUCUCCAAAGCAGAACAGGAAAUGGGUACUAUGGAACAAAAUAUUAAUAGACUUGAAGGUCAGGUGUCCCGAUACAAAGCAGCUGCAGAGAAUUCAGAAAAAAUUGAAGAUGAACUGAAAGCAGAAAAAAGGAAACUUCAAAGAGAGCUGAGAACAGCUUUGGACAAGAUUGAGGAGAUGGAGAUGACCAACAGCCACUUAGUCAAGCGCUUAGAAAAGAUGAAGGCCAAUCGCACUGCACUUCUGUCUCAGCAGUGAAAGAAGAAGAGGAUGUAGGAGUGAACACAGGAGAGCGAGACGCACUGCAACAAAAAUUAACAAGCCCUUAACUUUUUCAUUAAAUGAACUUUUCACAACAGCACAAUUUGGAGCACCUCAGAAUUCUUCAUUGGUAAUAUUCUAGUUUUAUAUAUACUGGCAUACCUGGUUCUUUUUAUUGUAAUUUAUAUGAAUGAAAGCAUUGGCUGAGAGACUGAUAAUUGUGAACUUUCCUACUUGUCCUUGUUGAGCAACUUUAUUCUCAUAGUGAAAGGGCUGUGUAUUUUCUUUGAUUUGCUAAUGCAGAUGAAACUAGCCUAUUUUUUCAAAGCUUUAUACAUUUAUUUACUAAACUCUUUCCUGCUGCUUUCCUGGGUGCUUGAUAUAUAUAUAUAUUCUUUUGGUGACUUGCAUGAUUUCAACAGGACACUAUAUUGCUUCUGAACUGUAAAAUAAAUGGCUGCUCUUGCUCUGCACCCAUUCAUAAUGCAAGACUCAGCUAAAAGUGCCUUUUACAUGGUGCAAAGGAGAUUAUAGAGGUUUAUUACCUGCAUUACAAGUAUUGGUACAAAAUUUUAAAAAGGGUGCAGUUUGGUUUGAAAAAAAUAGAACCAAUGGAUAUUGUAAUAUGUUUUGUGGUUAAGUAAUUUUCAAAAAGGAAAAUGUUUUAAUUUUUUUCUUGGAAAAAUAUGUAAAUGAGUAUGAGCUGUAUAUAAAAUGUGGAUGUUUUUGCAUGGGUGAUGGCACAUAAGAUAAGUUUUUGAUUGAAUACAGGAUAUUAGUCCUGAUUUCUUGCAUUGUUGGGUAUGAGAAAAGUGCAUAGAAACACAAUAUGUGCUGUACUUUUUAAACUGCAUACUUUACUGCUUGGAAGCAGAUUUAGUCUCAGGACCACAAAAUGAUUGUGACUGGGGCAGCUAAGAUAUUAAAAUGACACUUUAUAAACAUCACAGAUUUGCUUUUUUAUUGUAUAUUCCUUAGACUAUGAUAAAGCUUUGCCAUUUGAUUUCUCAUCACUGAUUUUCUUUCUCAAGACCAUCUUAAUUCUCAUUGCUUUUUCCUGCUAAAUACAACACAGUGUAAAGUCCAUUCCCAUGUCAUUAUACAGCUGGGCUGUGGUCAGUUAUAACCGUAAUUAACCAUUACUUUGUAAGGAGUGAUUUCAGUAACCAUUUGGAAACUAAGGAAAGUGAACAGGUGUAAUUUGACUGAAUAACUGCUUGGGUACUCCAAUCGUCUACCAACAUAAUUACAGCAGAUCAAUGUUACAACAGGAACUUGGCUUUGUUGUUAUAACCAUAUAAUGUUCUUUCCUGUCUGAAAUUUAGUUGGAUGAGAAAGAGAUUGGCCAAACACUAUUAAAGCUUGCCCUAAAUCAUGGGACAUUGUAACUUGUAAAUGUUUUGUAACCUAAAAAAAUCAUGCAAGUUGUAAAUGUUGCAUUUUUUCAUAUCAAGUAAAGAAAGUGACUUAUAUGUUUGCUGCUAAAAUCUAAAUUAAAAAAUGUAAUUCCUGUAAAUUACAAUUGACCUGUAAUAAAACUGCUGUACAUUAUA